ACUGUUUACGACAUUUAAUUGUCAUAUUAAUUGACAAUGAAAAGAUGUAAUGAUCACAAGAAACCCGUUUCUCAUCACACGUCUGUACUUAAUCUAUAAAUACGUUUUUAAAUUCUCUCUCCAGGAAGUGAAGUCGUUCCGCUGGAAGCUGCGUCUCUUCCUGUUUAACGUCGGCUGCUGUCUGGCUGCCGUGUACUUCUUCACACGCCACAACAAGUUCUGUGAGACCGGAGUCUACACCCUGUUCGCCCUCUGUGAAUACCUGGUGGUCUUCUCCAACAUGGCCUUCCACAUGACGGCCUUCUGGGACUUCGGGAGCAAAGAGGUGAUCGUGGCCACGCCCCCCGAGGACAAGCGUUACUGAGCGGCGACCUCACCUGUGGACAGGUGACAGGAUCUCUAAAAACUUUAUUUAACAUAAGCAGCGUCAUGAACAUUGUUGAUGUGUCAGUGCUGCAGGUGAGAUUAAACUUUUUUUAUCAUUCCAAAGACACCAAUGUCGUGUUUUUUAUAAUCAUCAGCAGCGAUACCAACAUGUUUCAUCCUCUACUUGCUGUUUAAAACUUCGACUUUACAGAGAAGUGGACGUAGUCGUCGCCCGUUGGUUUGUGGACUGGAGUUUUGAUGACCAGUGAACAGGAAGUGACCAU